AUAUCAUCAACAUGUAGCAUUUGUGCAUGUUUUCACUUUCAUAAUUCAUCAAGCGGACCAGAUUGAACCCCCCCCCCCCAGCGGGCCGGUUUGGGUCCGCAGACCGUAUGUUUGACAAUGCUGCUUUUAAAUCAAAUUUGAAAACCACCUGGGAAAGGCGACCUCCUCAGGCUGUGAUGUCUAUUGCAGGGGUGCCCGAUGAGUGGAUCGCGAUCUACCCGCAACUAGAGUGCUAAUAAAAUAAAAUAAAAUAAAAUAAAAUAAAAUAUAUAAAUAUAAUUCUAUAGUGUGUCGUUGUGACCCUACACUAUACUAAAAUUCAUUCAUAUUGUGCCAUAGGUGUGAGGUCUGGUCUUUGUUGAUUAGUGUCAUCACACUCACCUGUGUUUGUCAUUAGUCUCACUGGUGUCACCUGCUGCCCUUGGUAAAUAUACCUCUCUCCCUCACUGUGUCUUGGUGGGAUAUUUCUGCUGUGUUUCAUGGUGUUUGUGGCCUCGUGGUGGUCCUGCCUUGUGCUUCAUUCCUUGAUGUUCUGCUCUUCAUUCCUAGUUCCUGCGACCCAACUGAUUCACCUCUGCGAUCGAUUCAUCUGUCCGUCUGAUCUCUUUAAAUAUCUGCUGACGGAACCAGAGCUGCCGAAAUCAAAAUCUUUUCACGUUGUAUUUAUAGAGUCGUACAUUCAUCUCAAACAACUUGGAGGAACUAAACUUGGCAAGAAAAAAAAAAAGAAAUCUGCUCCUGAGGAUCAGUGGAAGUGGCUUCCUAACUAGACCAGAGCAUUGACUCCAAGACAUCGCAGAGACUGUCCAGGCUGCUCCGAGAUCUGCAUUCCUCCCUCCUCUAACCUAAAAGAAACGGGUGAGUAACAACUGCGCGGCGAACGACCGAGAGUUUCAGAGCGAAAGACAAGGACUCAACCACAGUCGGAACAUGGCGGACUGGAGCCUUCUGGGAAACUUUCUGGAGGAAGUGCAGGAGCAUUCCACCUCUGUGGGCAAGGUUUGGUUGACCAUCCUGUUCAUAUUUCGGAUCCUUGUGCUAGGAACAGCUGCAGAGUCAUCCUGGGGAGACGAACAGGAAGAUUUUAACUGUGACACUGUACAGCCAGGCUGCGAGAACGUCUGUUACGACAGAGCGUUUCCCAUAGCCCAUAUACGAUACUGGGUUCUCCAGAUUGUGUUCGUUUCAACACCCAGCCUGAUCUACAUGGGCCACGCCAUGCACACCGUUCGCCGACAGGAGAAGAGGAGGAGCAGAGAGGAGAUGGACGAAGGAGGAGGUGAGGGAGAGGAUGACCCAGGAGGAGGCGAUAAGGGAGGGAUGGCUCGUGGUCUGAUCAAGAGGGUUGAAGAGAAAGACGAAGAAGAAGAAGGAGGAACGUCGGGAGGUCAAGUCCACCUGAGGGGAGCGUUGCUUCAGACGUAUAUACUGAGCAUCCUGAUACGAAGCAUCAUGGAGGUGGUCUUUUUAAGUCUCCAGUACUUCCUGUAUGGAAUCUUCCUCAGUCCUCUUUAUGUUUGCAAGGCCUGGCCAUGUCCCCACCCAGUGAACUGUUAUGUUUCCAGACCAACAGAAAAAAAUGUUUUUAUAGUCUUCAUGAUGGCUGUGGCCGCCGUCUCUCUGGUCCUCAGUGUGCUGGAACUAUAUCACUUGGCAUGGAGACACUGUCUCAGGAGGUUCCUUUUGGCAGGGAAAGCAGCUUCUGCGGCUCAGGCUUCUCCCACGCGACAGCUCUCUCUGUCUCCGCCACCCACACCGCCCCCUGAUUUUACCCACUGCAUCAUUGGAUCUACACACUUCCUGCCAAUGAUGUUGCCCACCCACGGUCUGGCCAACCAGCAAAACUCCAAGAACAUGGCCACCGAGAAGCACAAAAUAGCCACCGUCACGGCCGGAGCGGCCGAGGAGGCGAGCUUCCUCCAGAUGAACUGCUACACACCCGGAUGGCAGAAUGAGAGGAAGACUCCGGUCCAGGAUGGAGGCCUGAAGUUUGAGCCAAACUUCUGUUGCUCUGGGAGCAGGGGCGACGGCUUCUCUCGGACACAGAGCAAGGAAGCGGACGGGCUGCUGCUGAAUCCAAGUGGAGGGGUUUGUCAGAAGGACAAGAGGAGAUUCAGCAGAACCAGCGGAACGAGUAGCAGAACGAGAACAGACGACCUGUCGGUUUAAUAACAAACUUCAAGCGUUACACACGCGUACAUUCAUUAUUUUUCUAUUAGCUCAUCAUUUUUAAUUUGGAACAGUUCUGAGGUGCCACAUAUAGAUAAAAAACUAUCUAUGGUCAAUUUUUUUUUUUUUUUUUUGGAUUACAGGAGGA